AUGUCUAGUCCACGCAAAUUUGCAGAGAAAAUUGCCUUGAUACAACAAAAACAAGCAGAAGGUGACGCAGCUUUUAAUACAAUUAUUUAUGAAGUUGAAGCUGCUAAACAGAGAGCUGAUCGUAUAUCAUCAACAAACAGUAAAUUAGAUGUACCGACACGCAAAUAUGACAAACCGUUUGAAAUUUAUCAGGAAUCAAAUGGAAUGAAUAAUUCAGAUAAUCAUAAUACAAAUAAUUAUGAGCCUCAACAAAUUAAAAUGGAUAGCUCUAAUGACUCUGAUCGACUUUUACAGUUGCCUGACAAUUCAUCAUGGCGACGGACUCAUUCGGAUUCAUCUCUUCACCAUACUAUGAUGCCAAGUGUUGCUGCUCAUUAUCAUGCACGAAUGGAUAAUGAUAACAAUGGUCAACCAUCAAACUAUGAUAUGAAUGAUAUCAAAUAUGAUUCAUCGUCCUAUUCUUCACAUCAGCAUCUGCCUCCUCAUUUUCAAAUUUCAAAUUCUCCCUUUCAACAACAUCAACAUUUUGAUUUUAACCAUAAUUUAAAUUAUAACUAUAUGAACGGUCGAUCAAAUGUUGCCUAUCCUUUGCCACAAAUACCUACACCAAUAGCACCAACAACAUCAUUGCCAACGCAACCAGCUCCUUCGUCACCAUCACCUCAUACUCAUACACUUUUAGGACCACGUUAUAGUGGUGGUUCAAAUGUUCUGAUGUUACCUCCAAAUCAUCAUCCACGUGGUGGUUCAUUGCCAGAUUUACGUACAGAAAAUGCAUUUCAUCAUCAACAAGUUUCAUUUUCAACGACACCUUCUCCACCGACAACAACUGCACAACAUUUUUUUCGUUCAUCUUCAUUACAACAGAAUGGUGACGUUGAUCUAUAUGCUUUGGGUCCUCAACAACAAUUACCAUCAAAUAUCGGACCAUUGAAACAAAGUCCAAGUAUUCGUCGACGUCAUAGCCCAAUCGGUGAAGUUAAACAAUCAUCACCUCGUCGACAAAAUUCACCGUCGCCUGAUGUUUCUUCAAAUCAACAAACUCUCUAUCGUGUUGAACCAUCAAGUCCUCAAUCUCAAUCAAGUUAUUCUCCUCAAAAUUCUCCUCAUCUAUUACCAAGUCCUGGUAAUGAUCAUAGUCCAUUUUCACCUCAACAAUCAACAGACAAUAAUACGAAUAAUCAACAGCCAUAUUUUACAUUACCAACUCAUUUUGAUCAGAUUACAUUGGAUAAUAAUUUUUAUCCUCAACAAUCAUCACCAUCACCAUCGUCAUCAACAAAUCAAAAUUCAAAUCAUCCAUCAUCGUCAACGUCAAUUUUAACAUCAUUAUCAAAUGAUGUCAAUGGAAUGCAUUUAAAUUAUUUUCGACCACAAAACUUUUACCCAACCUUUAUAAAUGACACAUCAUCAAGUUAUUGUCAAAACCAAUCAACAGUUAGUGUGACAGCUAGUGUUACGCAAAAAAGUCCAACUAUUCCGAAUAUAAUAUUAACUGACGUUGAUAGUUCAAAAUUGGAUCUAUCGAAAGAAUUAGCAAAUGAUUUUACGCAUGCUUUCGAUAGCUUGAUUGGUCCAAAUGAUUUACAAUUAAAUGCAGAUGACUUUUUGCUCAAUGUGCACGACCUGUCUAUGGAUCCACAUAUAUGUGAUGAUUCGUUUCGCAUGGAAAAUUAA